AUGGCACUCCGUGUGCUGGUGGUGGCCCUUGUACUUUUGGCUGUCUUGGCCGCAGGGCCGGUGUAUGCUGGCUACGCACAGCUGGGCAAUGACGAGCUGAUUGAGGCUGUGAAUGCUGCGCUUGGCGAGGUGAUGGCAGAGGACGGUGUGAGCAGCGGUCGGGCGACGUGGCUGCCCGAGCUAGGCAACACCUCAUUGCCCACCGGAUGUGAGCGGGAGGACGAGGUUGUGGUGAUUGGCAACUCGACGAGUGUGGAUCUGGGGUAUCCUGCCGAGCCGUUGGUGGGCGGGGCACUGGCUGCGGUGCUGGAGGCCAAAGCGCUGGUAGUGGGGAGCCCGCUCAACAACUGCCCGUACCUCUGCAUGACCGACGAUGGCGCUGUGGUCGGCUACGACCGUGACGUACUGGAGGCUAUGGCGGCCAAGAUGUCGGCACACUACGGUGUGGACAUUGUGGUCUCGUUUGUGCAGAUCCUGGUGGAGACCGAGCUGUUUGGCGACAUGGUGACCGCGGUCUCGGCGCCCGACUCGGCGGUGGACGUUGUGGCGGCGCAAAUUGCGGCGGCGCCCGAGGUGGCGGAGAGGAUGCUGUUCAGCUGCGCGUAUGCUGUGCCGCACUUUGGUGUCCUGCGGACGGGGCGCGAGCCGAGCCUCGACCUUGUGUCGAGCGAGGAUCUCAACGCGGCUGGUGUGCUGGUGGGCGUUGUGGCUGGCUCGCCGGCCGAGUCGUACGCGCUUGUGCAGCUGGGUCAGGCGCGGCUGGUGGUCAUGCCGUCGCUGGAGAGCCUGUUCGCCGAUGCGGCGUCCAGCGAGCCGACCUUCCACGUCGGACUUGGUGAGUAUCCGGACGUGGCCAACGCGACGGAGCAGAUGGUGUGUGAGGACUGCCGGUUGAUGCCGUACGUAGUGUAUCCGACCGACGAGACGCUCGUCGAGGGUCUCGGCUACACGUUCAUGACCCGGCUCAACGCGCAGGUCUCUGGCGGGCGGAGCGAGCGUGUGCUCGGGCUUGAGCCCGAGGCCGGCAUUCCGCUGCUUGUGCUUGUGAUUGUUGCGGCGAUUGCGGUGCUGGCCGGUAUCGCAUACGCGUACGCGCGGGUGGUAGCGCCGUCGGCGCCAGUGGCGCGCGGCGAGGCGUCGCGUGUCGGCUCGCACCUCGAGCCGCUAGUCCCUGUCGAGCCGAUUGCCAACGGCGGGCGGGUCUUUGCGCGCGGCGGCGCCAUUGUCGGCCGGCCGCGCUGGGCGUCGACCGCUGACAUUCCGCCGUCGUCGUCGUCCGAGUCAAGCGGAUCGUGGAGCAACGCAUAG